GAUCGUAAACAAACAAUUUUAGGCGACCUUGAGUAGUGAAAAGAUCGUUGUUUUCAAUACUAUUGCUUUCCUAUUGAUUUAACAACCGCAGUAUGUCUAUUCCUCUAGACGCACGGGAAAUACUAAGCCAUUUGAAUCAACUUGGCUACCGGAAUAUCACACCCGAGCAACUGAAGGAGUUCCAGAAAGAUUUACGCAAGCUAAUCAAAUUCGACACGCGAAGUGGCCCUGGUGGUGCAACGGUGGAUCAAGACGCUUUGGCCCGAGCAGCUCAACAGAUGAACACAUUCCAACGGUUGCAUACCCUUACGACAAUCAGCUACAAUGCGAAGAUUGCACGGAAACCGCCUUCGAGGCAACAUUCAACGGUGAAUUCCAGAAGAGAGAUAAUUCACGAAGCAGAACCCCACCGUUCCGAGGUGGUGACACCUGUAGAUGAGCAAGAUGGAAAGGAAAAUCACCAAAUGAGUGGCAAGCCUAGGAAGCCUCUCAGGGAGAAGGAACACGUUGCGAACAAGAUGUGGAUCCGGCCUAGGAGUACCAGUGCGAAUAGCUUCCGUAAGCAUGAUCCCGUGUCUCUAUACCACGCGUACCAGAAGGAUUGGACACGAUUCAAGAAUCAACUCCCAGGGGAGAACGACCAUUCCGAUCUCAGAUGGCAGAUUCGAACAAAGUUGCUGGCUGAAAAAUAGGUGCAAUUCAUUCUAGCAAACGACAAAAGUUCCGUCCAUUAACGUAUAUCUUAGACCCAAUUGGAGACUGAUUAUUGUAACGAA